AUGGAUGCUGAUUUACGCAAAAAGCUUGAAAUGUUUCGCUCUUCAACCGAAAAUCAGCCGAAUUCUCACUCACUUCCCGAGGUCAAAGAUAUAACCAAAUAUCUGAACACUGAAUGCUCUCAGGCUGAGGAUGCAAAUCUACACAGCGCCCCCACACUGAAUAAAGUUACUAACACUUUUGCUCAUGCACCCAAAGACACUACACAAAUGCAAGUACACUUUCGCUCAAGAAACGUUGCUAUGGCCACGACCCACACUUCCCCCCAUCAGUCAUCUCACUCAACAGGCAUCAAAAAACCGACUCAUUGGCAGUGUUUUGCAUGUAACUCAAACGAACACAAGAUCUAUGCCUGCAGUGUGUUCCAAAAUAAAUCUCCGCAUGAGCGACAUACCCUCGUCAAAGAAAAUCAUCGCUGUGUCUCCUGUCUAGGCCAUCAUAACCUCAAAGAUUGCCAUUCACAAACUUCAUGUCGUACAUGUAACAAGAAACAUCACACUUUGUUACAUUUCCCUGCACCUCUUGUUGAUCAAAAUCAUUUUAAGCCUGUCAAUCCAAAUGUGUGUUACCCACAUGAGCCUACUCAAACCUCAAUGACUUCAACUUCACAAGAUCACUCUCAGUCACCUUUUAAAAACUCCACUAUACUCUUAGGAACUUUUUUGAUAAAGGUCACUUCAGGUCAAGGCACAUCUCAUGUGUUCCGUGCCUUACUUGACUCCGGUUCCAUGUGUGACUUAAUCACUGAACGAGCAGCUCAACUUUUAAACGCUCGACGCUACAAGUCAAAUGUUCAACUUUCUGGACUUGGCCAAAAUGCAGCUAAGAGUAAUGGACAAACUUACCUCAAUCUUGAAACUCUUUCUGGAUUUCUCAUAUCUCCGCAACAUCCAAUGCUCAUUUUAGACAAAUUGACUGUAGACUUACCUCGUGUUCCAGUCUCUCCGGAAGUGUUAUCGCUCACUAAACGGUUUUGUCUAGCUGAUCCAUCAUUUCACCUGCCAGGACGCAUUGAUAUCGUGCUUGGUUGCUCUCUCUUCCCUAAGUUACUAACUCAUGAAAAUUACUCUCUUGGCCAACAUAUGCCCCACGUAAUAGGAACUCAUUUUGGAUACAUCGUGAUGGGUUCUGCACCCUGUGAAAUACCAAGAAAUUCCACACCAAAUUUCAUCAGUCACACCAUCUCCCUUCAUUCAUCUAAUGAUGUUGACCUUCAUUCCUCACUUCAGCGAUUCUGGACUCAGGAAGAACUUCCAAAUUGUCAAAAGAAAACUGAAGAAGAAGAACUCUGCGACGCAAACUUCGAGUCUACGCACACCAGAGACUCUGAAGGACGAUACAUCGUUCGUCUUCCCUUCAAGGAAGCUCACCCCCCUCUUGGAGCGUCUCAACCGCUUGCUAAACGCAGAUUCCACUCUCUCGAGCGAAAAUUCGCAGUCCAACCCCGCUUCUCUCAGCUUUACCACGACUUCAUAGAUGAUUAUAUCUCUCUUGACCAUAUGACCAUAUGUCAAGAUUCCCUUCUUCCCUCUUCACACCACUUUCUCCCUCAUCAUGGGGUUCUUAAAGAGAGUAGUAGUACAACCAAACUCCGAACAGUAUUUGAUGCUAGUGCAAAAACAAGCACAGGGGUUUCUCUCAAUGACAUUCUGCUUACUGGACGCAAGCUCCAAUCCAAUAUUUGUGACAUACUUAUGCAUUUUAGAAGACACAAUAUUGUUUUUUCUUGUGAUAUUCGUCAAAUGUAUCGACAGAUCCAAAUACAUCCUGACGAUAGAAAAUUUCAACUCAUCCUUUGGCGUGAAACUUCCUCUCAACCUCUUACUACCUACCAGCUGAACACCGUGACGUAUGGUAUGAAUAGCUCUCCUUACCUAGCAAUAAAGACUCUUCACCAACUCGCUAACGACGAAGGUAACUACUUUCCCGAGGCAGCGCAAGUACUAAGAACGCAAACCUACGUUGACGACAUCAUCACUGGUGCGGAUACUGAGGAAACGGCCUUGAAACUUCAAGAUCAAUUGGUCAACCUGUUACGAAAAGGAGGAUUUGAAUUACGUAAAUGGGUCUCCAACUCUGAUCGUCUUCUACAAGCUUUCCCCAAGGAGCAUCUUGAGACUCCCGUCUUUCUCCAAGAUUCUGAACAGCCACACUUCACAAUACUUGGCCUACAUUGGUCUCCCCACUCUGACUGCUUCACUUACAACCUUAACUUCCCUAUGGACCCUCAUCCAUCAAAACGUUCGAUCUUGAGCAUCAUAGCAAAAAUCUACGAUCCUUGUGGAUUUCUCGCUCCCUGCAUCAUGCAAGCAAAAUGUUUUAUGCAGUUACUAUGGACCACAGGCUUAUCCUGGGAUGAUCCCCUGCCCACUAACCUCGCCGAAAAAUGGCAUUCAUUCCUAAUCGAUACUCAAUAUUUAUCUCAAAUUUCUAUUCCUCGAGCGUUACAGUUUUCCUUGUCAUGCACCGUAGAAUUACAUGGCUUCGCAGAUGCGUCAGAGAGUGGCUAUGCUGCUGUCGUAUAUUUCCGCUGUCAGAUGUCUAAUGGUGACACCAUCAUUCGCCCAAUAAUCUCAAAGACUCGUGUCUCUCCUCUCAAAAGAAUAACUCUUCCUCGCCUUGAGCUUUGUGCUGCUCAUCUUCUCGCGCAAUCAGUAGCACAUUGUCAUUCUCUCUUCUCAGAUAAAAUUGCCAUCAAAAAUAUCCAUCCAUGGAGUGACUCCUCGGUAGUCUUGACAUGGUUAUGGACUCCACCCUACAAACUCAAGACAUAUGUAGCCAACAGGGUUUCUCAAACUCAAGAACUUGUUCCCAUCGACUCUUGGCGACACAUAUUAAGUACUGAUAAUCCUGCAGACUGUGCGUCAAGAGGAAUUUCUGCUUCCCUACUUGUCAACCAUCCGCUUUGGUGGACAGGCCCUCCUUGGCUGAAGCUCCCCACUUGUUGUUGGCCUACCUCGCACUUCACUCCUGAGGACCUAUCUUCGUCAGAAGAAAUCAAGAAGACACUUGUAGUUGUUCUUACAUCAGUUCCUCAAAAGGAGUGGGAACUUCUUUCUGACUACUCAUCGUGGAACAAACUCCAACGCAUUGUCGCUCUUCUUAACCGCUUCAUCCACAAUUGUCGUCAUCAAAAUGACCGUCUCAGUGGUCCUCUCUCAUCGUCUGAAAUCUCCAAAGCUCAACUCAAGAUCUUUCAUCAUGUUCAACAAGCCACCUUUGCAGAAGAAAUUUCAUCUCUCCAAAAAAAGCAUGACUUCUCCACCACUCAAUUGGCCUCUUGCCCGUAUGACGGGCAUCCAUCCUGGAAAGGAUGGGAUCGUCCGUGUUGUGAGCCUCAAGAUGUCUUCAGGACACCUGACCCGUCCAGCGAUAAAAGUAUUUCCUUUGCCACUUGA